AUGCGGCUACCAUUACCGCCGCAGAGGAAGCAGUCAACCACUUCCCGGAGUUCAGCCUCAGAAAACCAGGCUAUGCCCCUGGGGCGAUACUACGACAUCCUCCUCACCGAUCCUCCGCCAUACAGACAUCUCAACCCCUUGAGCCCGCCGUCAUCCGCGGCCCAAGAACCCAAGGAGCCAGCGGAGAGCCUUGCUCCGGCAAAUUCAGAAGAAAAUCCACCUUCUUUCACGUCUCCAACGCCGACACCACCACCUGCAGACGCGGCCGAGAAGGCGCGCAUCGUGUUUGGCUCCCCUCUGGCCGGCCCGGCCGCACGCCGCGAGCGCCUGAGGAAGAUGCGCGAGAAGGGCAAGAUGGUGGCCGGCGUCCUGGUGCCGCCCAAACCCGAGGAGCCGGACCACUGCUGCAUGAGCGGCUGCGUCGACUGCGUCUGGGACACGUUCCGUGAGGAAAUGGAGGCGUGGCUAGCCGCUAACGCGGAGGCCGAGAAGCGGCUGGCUGCCUCUGCCGCCAGCAAGAAGUCUGUAAAGAAGCCUUCUCCCAGUCCCGUUCAGGGUACAGCCGUCAGUAUGGAUGAUGAUGGUGGCGGUUCCGAGACCAACUGGGAUCUUGGGGAGGUGAAGCCGGCAGGCGUCAAGAUUUUUGAGGAUUUAUGGAGUGAUGAGCUAUAUCGGGAUAUUCCCGUGGGAAUCAGGGAAUUUAUGAAGCAGGAGAAAAGGCUAAAGGAGAAGCAUAAGCGCGAGGGCACCGCUGGUGGCUGA